AUGUCUUCUACCCCAGGAUCUUGUCAAAAAGAAGGUAACGAGGGAACAACAAUUAUUGAUCCACACGCACCAACUCGAGCAGUUUUUUCGCCUUCCACUCUAUCAAAUACCUUUUCAGUAAAUGGCAAACACUCAACGAUACUUAUACAUCGAAAAUCACCAUUACUGUCAGCUACACCACCACAAGUCACUAGAGCUCUAGUAUAUUCGCACCCUUUCCUUGAAACAUUAAAUAAAGCAGUCGGGUUGUUAACUUGGACCUCUGGGGAUCCAUGGGAAAGCUUCCUGCUAGUUACAGCAUUUUGGGCAACAAUUCUAUACGGAGAUAUAGCUAUGAAACUUGCCGGUCCCUUUAUCAUUCUUACCAUCCUGAUUAUCGGAAUCUAUGCCCAACAAUACGCACCGUUAACUUCUCUCUUGACCAGUGAAUCAACGGCCAAAAAAGCUAAUGAUACUUCCACAGGAAACGCGAAAAAGGUCAAGCAGCAAAAGACUUUAGAGGAGAUUGUCAAUACACUGAGAAUUUUUGCUUCUCGAUGUCAUAUCUUGCUGGAUCCCUUCUUAACACUUACCAAUUAUCUUUUAAUAAAAACAAAAAAUCCUUCCAAGUCAAAGUUUUCUUCAUCUCUCUUCAUACGAAUCUUUUUUAUAUCUCUAAUAUGGGUAAUUCUUAAUCUUAGACCUAUCGAAAUAAUUACCCCCAGACGUUUUAUUCUUGUAUUUGGAACUAUUUUCUUAACAUGGCACUCUAAGCCUUGCCGUAUCACCCGUGCUAUUUUGUGGCGAAGUGCUCUUGUACGUCGACUCUCAUCUUCGAUAACUGGUUUAGAAUUAUCUCAGAAUCUUCCUUGCGACUCUCAGGUACGAAAUACAGAUAAUAUCUUACAACCGGCCAAGCAACAAGAAAAACAGUCAUCUAAUUUCGAGAAUAAAAAUCGUGAAUUAACGCAAGCUGUAGACAUAAAGAUUAAUUCAAAAAUGCCUGGUAUUCGAUUCACGUUUGUCCUUUACGAAAAUCAGCGAAGAUGGGUCGGACUAGGAUGGACCACUAAUCUCUUCUCUCAUGAACGUGCCACUUGGACUGAUGAACAUCUUAACCCUGCUCCAACAAAAGAAAAUUUCGAGUUACCCGACACUAAAGAAGAAUUUACAUGUUGGAGGUGGGUCGAAGGAAGUAAGUGGCUGGUUGAAGGAGCAUGCGAAACAGAAGAAGGAAGCCAAAACGCUGGUGAUAACUCUGAUGGAGGGAUGGGAUGGAUAUACUAUGAUAAUAAGUGGCAAUUCGGUCGCCGGGGCCUUGAUGGCUGGAGUCGCUAUACACGUCGCAGGAAAUGGUAUCGAGACGCUGAACUUGUGGAGAUCGCUCCUCCGGCAAAGGAAGCACCUAAACCUGGAGCUAUAACUGCAUCACUUAAAUAUUUCGCAGGUGUCAAUUCUAUCAAACCGCCAUAUUCCGCUGCCAGCAUUUCCCACAUAUGCCACACUCCUACUGAUACCAUAAGUGUGCAGAGUAGCGAGUGGACACCAGACUCUCGCACUUCAAAUGUUACACGCUCGCGGAAAUCAAGUAUAUGGAGCUCUUUUACAAGUAAGGGUGAUACUGCGCCGCUAUGUGUAAGUAAUAGUCAUGCAAGUGUUAAAAUUAAUCUUCCAGUCAUUAGUUCUGCAAACAGGAUCGUUUGGCGCCACCGCUCGUGCGCCCCGAGUGUUCCUCUAUCUAAGUAUCUGGAUGAUGAUUUAACACAUGCAAGGCCUAGGGACGGUGACUGGUGUAUUUCAGAUGACGCUAAAAUGAUAAUAGACUGA